AUGGAUAGAGGAAAUCAGAAACCAUCACUUAAAAUUACUUGGAAGUUAAACGGAGCAAAGUUGAGUGAUGUUUAUUGGAAGCCGGUUGACGAGCCAAAGGCAGUAGAACAAGAAACGGGAGCAGCGGGUAGUUCUGCUCUUCCCAGCACCCCGGCAACGAAUGUGCAGGAUCAAGAUCAAGAGCGUGAAAUUUCAGCGAGUGAAAGCGACAGCGAAGCCACCCGAGAUGAUCCUCACAUAUUGGAAAUCAAGCAGCUACGCGCUGGCGAAACAGGAAAUGCACCGGAUUCUGAUGCCUGUCAAACCCCACAAUCGGCCAUAGAAAGCAACCUUCUGAAGAAGAGGCCUCGAGGUAUCCCAUCAGUGGGUGCCUUCACAGUCCAAUGUGAAAACUGUUGCAAAUGGAGACUUAUCCCGACGAAGGAGAAGUAUGAAGAAAUUCGGGAGAACAUCAUGGAACGGCCGUUCGUCUGUGAAGAUGGUCGAGAGUGGAAGCCUGAGAUGUCAUGCGAUGUUCCUGCCGACAUAAAUCAAGAUGGCAGUCGAUUUUGGGCGAUAGACAGGCCCGGUAUUGCGAAAACACCUACCGGAUGGCAACGGCUCAUACGAAUCAGAGCUGAAGGAGGAACCAAGUUUGCAGAUGUGUAUUAUGUCUCGCCGACGGGCAAGCGGCUUCGCUCUAUGGUCGAACUUGAAAGGUACCUUUCCGAAAAUCCCGAAUAUGCAGCCUCCGGCAUUAACAUGGUGAAUUUUUCCUUCAAAAUCCCACGACCACAACAACCGGAUUAUGUUAGGAAGCGUCCUCCGCCUCCUUCUCCACUUCCCCUAUCGUGGGCGCCCCCUGCUCCAAUCACAAAUACGCAUCUCAACCGGGCAAGUUCUUUGACUGACAAGAAGAAUGAGAGUUCUUCAAGUCUAGCUGAGCUGUCCAAGAAUGAGUAG